ACCUGCAUGGGUGACUCGUCAGGGCGGGCCCUGGAUGGGGGAGGGCGGGGCACACCAGGAGUCUUAAAGGACUCUCCAGGCCCCCACCCCUGCCCUGCUGUCGCCAGCGCCUCUGCUGCCCCUGCUGCUGCUGCUCCCAGCAAUGGCGGAGACUGCCAAGCUCCAGCUGUUUGUCAAGGCCAGCGAAGACGGCGGGAGCGUGGGACCCGGUCCUUCUUGGCCGCGGCCCUUCAUGCUCCUGCUUCUCAAGGGCGUGCCCUUCACCCUGACCGCCGUGGACACUCGCAGGUCCCUGGAUGUGCUUAAGGACUUUGCCCCUGGCUCGCAGCUGCCCAUCCUUCUCUACGACGGCGACGCCAAAACAGACACACUGCAGAUCGAGGAGUUUCUGGAGGAGACGUUGGGGCCCCCUGAAUUCCCCAGCCUGGCGCCCCGCUAUGGGGAGUCCUCCACAGCGGGCAACGACGUCUUUCACAGGUUCUCGGCCUUCAUCAAGAACCCGGUGCCCACGCAGGACGAUGCCCUGUACCAGAUGCUGCUGCGAGCGCUCACCAGGCUGGACCGCUACCUGCGCACGCCCCUGGGGCACGAGCGCGCGCGGGAACCCCAGCUCCGCGAGUCGCGCCGCCGCUUCCUGGACGGCGACGAGCUCACGCUGGCUGACUGCAGCCUGCUGCCCAAGCUGCACAUCGUGGACACGGUGUGCACGCACUUCCGCCGAGCGCCCAUACCGGCCGAGCUGUGCGGCGUCCGCCGCUACCUGGACAGCGCGCGGCAAGUGAAGGAGUUCAAGUACACGUGUCCAUCCAGCGCUGAGAUCCUUGCGGCCUACCGGAUGGCCGUGCGCCCCCGCUAACCCCUCCCCCGCCGUCUCCAGCCACCACCUGCCCCCUCUCCUACAGCCCCAUAAAGGCACCUGUGCCCCAGGGAACAUGUCCUGACCUCUGAGGGACCAGAGGGCCCUCCAUUUCUGCCACCCCCAAACCCCCACCACGAUCCCACAGCUCCACCUGAUAGCCCAGAACGACAGGGGCAGAGAACCCAGUGGGUGGUUCUGCCCAGCCCUCCACUCACCCUAUCAGGGGUGGCGGGGGACUGGAUUGGGCUCCCAAACCAGUCAGGCGGGUGGGGUAGCAGGAUGGCCAAGGAGGGUGGGGACCAGGAGCCCAGCCUGGGCACCUAGGGGCUCCAGGUCAGUGGGUGGGGCCAGCCCACAUUCCUCAGCCCUGCCCCAGGGAGCAGGUGCCCCCCCCACCGGACUUCCACAGGGGCCAGUGUGCAUGCAGUGUGGGAUACCCGAGGCUGGUCCCCGUCGGGUGGGGUCUGGGAGAAGUGUGUGCCUGGAGUAGUUGGCAACCGGGAUCCAGUCUUGAGGAGCCCUGCCUUGCCUUCCAGGCCCUUGGCUCCUAUGCAGACCAGGCAGGGGCAGCUGGGUGAGCCCAGAACUAGGGA